AUGGGACGGGGAUCGCUUGGUCUCGCGGCUUCUGCUAGCUGGCGCCCGAUUGAGGGGUUCUUCCAAGGCCCUUCCUCGCGCGGUUGGAGCGCCGCCGCCGGUGGCGGCGAGUGUGGACGCGGCGGCUCUGCUAUGCCUUUUGGGAGGAGGAGGAGGAUUGGAGUCAUUGGUACUGGUAAGAAUUCCAGGAUGGGGAGAUGGCCGGCGGUAAACUGCGGUGGCGGCAGCCGCGGCACGCCGGGAGCGGGGAAGGAGAGUUGGGUCUUGUCAGAUGACGCAACUCCGUAUCAAAUAUUAGGAGUUGACCCGUCCUGCUCCCCUUCAGAGCUUAAAACUGCGUUUCGAUCUCGGGUAAUCGAUCUUGCCUCUCUCUCGCUCGCUAGCUCAUUUCCUCUGUAAGCGCCUGCUUCUCAUGCCAUUCUCACGAUUGGUGAAUGGAUUUCUAAUUUACAUGGACCAGCUGUUUCGUUAGGGGAAUCAUUGGCGAUCGAGGACGUCUAUCAUACAUAAUCUGCGAUGUUAUGGUGGAAAUAAUCCUAGAAUCUUGAGAAAAGAAAACACAUUAGCUGAAGUUUUUCUAUCUUCUUGGGCUUGUUUUGUUGUUCUCACUGAAUCAAUCCUCGCAAUAUGUUUCAGGUCAAAGAGUUUCACCCGGAUGUCUGCAAAGAUAUUAGAUACUCUGAUACAAUGAUUCGCCGCGUCAUCCAAGCUUACGAGGUAGGGUAAUCGACAUAUAUUGGUGUCUGCGUGGUUUCCUUCUGUUCUUUUCCUUAUGAAAAAGCAGCUAACAGUUCUAAGUUAAUUUAUUUUUUUACCAAGAAUCAUGCCGCCCAUUAAUGUCAAAGUGACAAUAUCUGCGACUUUUGUCUAGAAUUAACACAUUAUGAUGCAAUAUAUUCAUAAGGAUAGUUCUUAAGAUAAAAGUAGGAAAAAUCAGGAAAACAUUUCUCAGUGAUGUGGGAACCCUGACUUUAGGACAAUAACAUCGAUGCCGACUCUCUUCAUCAUGCUUAUAGAUCUUGGCGUCAGAAAAUCCAUGUGCUAGAACACAUACCCAUGAAUUUUCUUCUCCUAGUUUCCUUUUCGUGCAUAAAAUAUUAAUUAAGCUCUAGUUUGCCUGGUUAUUUCUGGUAUUGAUCAUACGAGAACUGUGCAUCUGUUAUGCCUGCAGAUGUUAUCCAAGUACCACAAAUUCGAGGACAUCGAAGGGUAAUCUGUUGCCUGUCUCUGUUAAAGUUUUUGGAAAAGUUUUGCUGCAUGCCAGCCUUUUUAAAAAUGAUCUCUAUUGAGAAUCGGUUCAUAAUGUCCUAUAACUCUUAUGAUUAUUCUUUCCAUACUUGAAUAAUUCAUUGUUCACGAUUGAACCCUGAUGUAUUUCUGUGAUCUUGUAGUAAUUAUAGAGAGUGUGGCUAGUGUCUUGCGUCUAAUUUCAUUCUGUUCACCCAAAACCCAUAAUGGUGUUUUAUGUAUUAAUUGAUUCAUCCUCUCAUUUUUCAUAAAAAAGAAAUCAAUAUCCGCCAUUAAGAACUUUAUUCAACAAGAGUUUCUCCUCCGUGCAUCUGAGCUGCACCCAUCUCCUGUUUUCACGCGCACCACAGAAACCAAAUAUGAUAAUGGCGUUGUUCUAAUGGCGUAUAGUUUUUGGGUACCGUAUAGUUUUCUGUAUUAAGGAUCGUAAAUAUUUCUAUAAUAGGUAUUUACAAUGUGACUUUUGUGAUGCGAUUAUUACUAUUUUAAUAUUCAUUGAGAGAACAUGGGAUUCAAGCAACAUACUAAUAUGCUUAACGGACAGGAAAAAUAGUUUCACAAAGAAUGAGAUUGCUAGGGACUUUCUUCAGAGAAGACCGCACUUUUUCCAACGUCAACGCUUCCAGAAGCUAGUCAAAGAUCAUUCUGUUCGUAGAUUGAUCAAACGAGAUUUAUCAUAUGCACACUCAACAGAGUUAAAUUAGUUCUGCCAGUGAAAAAUAUAAUGUUCAAUUAAUAAGUUGGUGUAAAGAGAUUCAACUGACUUCAUAAAGAACUAUCGUUACAAAAUCGUGCAAAGAGAAAGCUUGUGUGAUGUUGCAGUACUCUGUCAUUCCACCUUUGAAUUUAGAGAGAUAUGGCAUUUGAAGAUGAUCUAUGGUCACGUUAGAAGGUGCUAAAGGACCGUUUUAUAACUAAAGAGCAAUAGAAUGAUCAGGAAGGUCAUGAGAAGGAGAUGAUCACGUUUGUGACUAUUUUUUUUCAAAAUAUUACUUGUAUAUAUAUGUAUAUAUUGAAUGCGUUUAUUUCUUCUCAGGAUUUUAAAAAAAAUGUGACUUUGUCAUUUUCGUUAAUAAGCUGCUGCAGAUUUUAUUUUCUUGCCUACGUUUCUGUGAACAUUUUUUAUAUAAACUCUAUAUAACAUUUCAUGGGCUCAAUCAUAUCUCCAAUAAAUAGAGCCUUUCAUCGUGAUAAUUAUUUUCUUGUAAAUAUGUUAUAUGGUCGUCAAUUUACGCUGUUAAUAGUGGCGGUUUCUAUUUCGAUAACGAUUUGGAGCUGGACGAUAUCCAGAUAUGGAAGAUUUCUUGGAUCGUUGAAGCUACCUUCCUCUGCUCCCUUGGAAUUUUCUUUUCUAAUUAAAGUUUCUCUCUGAGACUUGCAUCAUCUAUUUUACUUUUAUGGGAAGAGUGAAUAAUUAAUUAGUGUUUUCUACGGAUCAAAAGAUUUUCUUUCUUGAGGCUGAGCUCAAUGAUCAUCAUUUAUUUAAAUAACUAUACUAUUCCUUUCAGUAGGCCUAAUUUCCACUUACGGUAAAAAGUACACUUGCUCACUCAUGCAGCGUCUAGUGGGUCCUUGUGUUAAUGCUUUUUACUACUUUGGGCUUCCUGCUCAGAGAAUCUUCAGACCCCUUUGAAAAUCCAGAGUGCGAGGCAGUUGACGUCUUUGUGAAUGAGAUCCUCUGCGUUGGGAAAGGUAAGAGCAGAUUUCUUGAAACGGUUUCACCAGCGCUGCCGUUGUGAUAGUUUCCUGGAUGCUCCUUGUAAUUCUGAAUUUUUGUUCUCUUUGAAUGGAUUUUGAUGGUCUAAGAUCGUCAUUGUCCUAACCUUGUUCCAUUGAUCCAUUCAGAACCUUUCAGAAGGUAUAUUUUGCUGUUUUAAGUGCCAUUUUCUUGCUGUAAUUAGGAAAAUGUGUAAGUGCCACCAAGGCAUUAUACAUGGUAAACCGUGGAGAGAAAGAAAGAGAACAGAAAAGAGGAGGAAAAAAGGGAGUGGCUGGAAAAAACAGAGGAUGAAUGGAUAAAAAUAUAUAAUUUAUAGCUAAGUAUUUUAUUUUUUUAUUGACAUAACAAUUGAAUUAAUGAAGCAAAUUAAUAGUCUUCUUCUGGUGGUAAAAUACCCAUGUAAAGCUAUCCCAAUUUUUUAUUUUUAUUUUUUCUCAUGUUUUCUUAUUGUAUGCUAAUUUUGGUUGUAUUGGAAGGUAUAUUUUGCUGUUUUAAGUGCCAUUUUCUUGCUGUAAUUAGGAAAAUGUGUAAGUGCCACCAAGGCAUUAUACAUGGUAAACCGUGGAGAGAAAGAAAGAGAACAGAAAAGAGGAGGAAAAAAGGGAGUGGCUGGAAAAAACAGAGGAUGAAUGGAUAAAAAUAUAUAAUUUAUAGCUAAGUAUUUUAUUUUUUUAUUGACAUAACAAUUGAAUUAAUGAAGCAAAUUAAUAGUCUUCUUCUGGUGGUAAAAUACCCAUGUAAAGCUAUCCCAAUUUUUUAUUUUUAUUUUUUCUCAUGUUUUCUUAUUGUAUGCUAAUUUUGGUUGUAUUGGAAGAUCUUUCGAGUAUUCUUCUGAUAGUUUCUCUUUUUUUUUUUUGCUAAAAUUCCCUCUCAUUUAGUUUCCUCAGAUUGAGUUAUGAAUACUAUUACAUUUGUUCUAGAGAUUUCAAAGUGUCUCAUGUAUAAUUAAAAUAAAACUGUAGGAAAAAAAUCGAUACAUGUAAAUGAAUGAAUGAAUGACAUCUAUUUUUUCUGCACUAUUAAAAGAAUUAUUAAUUUCCUUGGUCCAUUUAAGAGUAUCAUUUAAAUCAUUAGUUCAACCCGCUGACCAAGAUUCAUCUAGCAAAAACUGCCGUGUCAUCAAUGGUCUCCACCUGUGCUCUUUAUAUCUCGCGGCAUGCCACUAAACUCUUGCUUUCAUAAAUUAUUCAUUCACUUACCCAUAAUAUCUCUCGAUUACUCCCAUCUUUGAGUUCCUGAGUAAUAAUAAUAUCUGCCAUAUAUUGUUGAGGUGACCCUUCAAAAAUCAUAUUAUUGUUUAAAAGCUGCCUUUUGUUUGCUGAAUCGUAUGAGUCAACUGGGAUCUUUUUGCGUGACAUCUCUCUGAGAACUCUUCUGUCUGCAGCUUGCCCAUAUUCAUGUGUCAAAACGGCGCCCCAUGCCUUCUCAUUUUCUCCUCUCAGUGGCGCUGCGCGUGCAAUUUCUCAAGGUCAGAUAUCAAUUUACUUCUCAUCAUUGGUUAUAUUUUAAGAUUACCUCUUAAAAUAUUAAUAAAAUUAAUUUCGAUAAAUAGGAAGCUAUAGAAUAGGUUUCUGGAUCUGUGGAAGCGGUGUUCACAGAUGCCCCCUUUCUGUGCCUCGAUAGCUUAAAAUAGAUUUAUCUUCUUUUCACAUAUCUUUGUCAGAAAAAGUCAACGCCGGGUUUCAUAGAUUUGUUAAAAAUACCAUUUUGAGAAUUAAUCAGAGGUCAGAAAAAUAUAAGAAAUGAAGUUUACUUCUUUAAAAAAAAAAAGCCAGUUUUUUAUUCCUAGAUACUAAACGACAAAAGGAAUAAAUUUGUACUUAAUAUGCAUAUUAAAUUGUGGCUCAUUAAAUUCAUCUAAAAAAUGGAUGAAUUAGUGCAUCUGUAUCCUCGGCAACUUCUCUCAACAAAACAUCAAAUGGGUCAAUUCUCGUCUUUGAACAGCCACCCUCAAUCUAUACAGCCUCAACUUCACUUGACGUCUUUCAGGUCAAAACCAAUAGAUGAUGGGUAUAUAACAGGUCCUUAUCUACUUAACUACAAGAUUCUAAUUAUUAUUUAUAAUCUUUAGUAGACAGCAUGAACUUAUUUUUCGCAUUUUCAACCUUUUUUAGAGGAUGUAUUAAGUAAAUAAAUAAGAUGGAUGAUCUUGAUGAAAUCGAUGAACCAUUAUGUAAUACUGGGAAUGUGAUCUGAAAGGGGUUUAUUAUAUCAUCAAUUAGUUAUUUUGAGAGGCUCAUAACGUCCACUUUAGCCCUAUCUCAUUAUAUGUCCCUCCUUUCUCUAUCAUAUAUUUAGAUUAUGAAAUAUAUUAAUGCAGAUCGAAGCGAGAAUUAUCAAGUACAGCUUGCUGUUGGGCAGUGCCCAAGGAGAUGCAUCCAUUAUGUGACGCCUUCACAGAGAUCCAUCUUGGAGGAGCUCCUCUGUGGGUAUAAUUUCUAA